UGAUAAAAAAAAGAGAGAGACUAAAACAGUAAUUUUAAACCCUAUUGGUAUUUGCUGGUCCUCUUCCUCCUCACUAUCUGCGCCGUUCUUCCUCCCCUGUUUCGUUCCACUGAGCAACACGCUAUCAGUUGCAUGACAUAAUACAGAGUGUUCAAUUAGAGCAUAAUGGGAUCCAAAAAUGCAAAUGGGAAGAACCACAAGGACAAAAGGAACAAAUUUAAGGAUAAUUUGAGUUCUAGUUAUUCAUCACCCAGUGAUGCCAAGGUUAUCCUCAUCAGUGAUCCUCGAUAUUCAAAGGCUCACACGGAUCCUCGGUUCCGUGAGGCUCCAAAGCGUGAAACGAAGGUGGCUGUUGACUCUCGCUUCAACCGCAUGUUCACUCACAAGAGUUUUUUGCCCUCUUCUGCUCCUGUUGACAAGAGAGGCAAGCCCAAGAACAACCCAACCUCUCAGCUUGGUUCUCUGCGCCAUUACUACAAAAUUGAUGAAAAGGAAGUUGAGCAGAGUAGUGAUGAGGAAGAAGAGAAUGAAGAGGAAUUGUUGAAAGCCAAUCAAGUGAAACCGGAGAGUGACAAAGGAACUGAGUCAGAAGAGACCAGUGAAUCUGAGUCAGAAGAAACCAGUGAAUCAGAGUCAGAUGUGGAUACAGAUACAGAAACAGAUGAAGGUGCAGACGAGGAAGUUUACGAAGACGAAGCCUCUGAUGUCAAGGAAGACAUAGCAACGAUUGACAAAGAAACACAUAGGGUUGCAGUGGUUAACAUGGACUGGAGAUAUGUUAAGGCUGUUGAUUUGUAUGUAUUGUUAAGCUCAUUUGUCCCACCUAAUGGUCUGAUCAAAUCGGUAAGGGUCUAUCCAUCUGAGUUUGGCCUUCAACGUAUGAAAGAGGAGGAAGUUCGUGGACCUAUUGGUCUAUUUGAUGAUGAAGAUAGCAGCAAUGAUGACCUUGACAAUGAGAAACUGCGUGCAUAUGAGAAGAGCAGGAUGCGGUACUAUUUUGCUGUGGUGGAAUGUGACUCAAGUGCCACAGCAAAUUACAUUUACAAAGAAUGUGAUGGUCUUGAGUUAAAACAAUCAUCUAAUGCGCUCGAUUUAAGGUUUAUUCCAGACAACAUGGAAUUCAAACACCCGCCUCGGGAUGUUGCUACUGAGGUGCCUGCAAAUUAUGAGUGUAAAGAUUUCUAUUCUCGAGCACUUCAGCACAGUGAGGUUAAUCUUACUUGGGAUGAUGAUGAACCUCUUCGUGCAAAGACAUUGAAUCGGAAACUCACUGAUGAGCAGUUAGCCGAGUUUGAAGUGAAGGAAUUCUUGACUUCUGAUGAGAGUGAAAGUGAUGAUAGCAAGGAUAACAACGAGACAGAUGAUCAGCCUGAUAAAAUGGCAAAAAAACGAGCCAAGUACCGUGCUUUGCUCCAGUCUGGUGAUGAUUCAGAUGGAGGCAAUGAACAUGAUAAUGCCCAGAAUAUGGAGGUCACCUUCAAUACAGGUUUGGAAGAUUUAAGCAAAUAUAUUAUGGAAAAGAAGGAUAAAAAAUCAGAAACAGUUUGGGAUGCAUAUUUGAGUAAAAAAAGUGAGAAAAAGAAGGCCGGGAAAAAUAAAAGAAAGUAUUCAUCAGAUGAUGAUGAUAGUGAUGAUACUGAUCAAGAGGCAACUGAAGAAGCAGAUGACUUCUUCAUUGAGGAGCCUGCUGCUAAGAAGAGGAAGAAGCCACAAAAUAAAGAAGAUGAAGAACAAAGGCACGAAGAGAUUGAUGGGCUAGACAAAGCGAGCAAAGAGGAGCUUGAACUGCUACUUGCUGAUGAUAAGGGGACAGAUACUGGUGUCAAGGGAUAUAAUCUAAAAUUUAAAAAAGGCAAGGGAAAAAAAAGGAGGGAGAAUGGUAUUGACGAGGAGAAGAUACCAAGUAAUGCAUACAAUGAUCCACGUUUUUCAGCUCUUUUCUCACCAAACUAUGCAAUUGAUCCUACCGAUCCACAAUUUAAAAGGAGUGCAACAUAUGCCAGGCAGCUAGCACAGAAGCAACAGAAGGAUAAUGCGGAUCCACCAGUGGAAAGGGAACCUACAAAACUAAAAGGAACACAAUUGUCUUCUGAAGAUUCUGGUAGGAUGAAGGAUGAGGAAGAAGGAUUAGAUGCUUUGAAGUCAAAGAAAGAUAAAUAUGAAUUAUCAUCUUUGGUAAAAUCAAUUAAGAUGAAAUCAAAGCAAGUUCAGUUACCCUCUGAUAAUAAGACAAGGAAAGAUGGAAAAUCAUACAUUAAAGGUAUGAAGAAAAAGAGGCACUAGCUCUGAACCUUUUGGUUCAAUUAACACACUUGAAUGCAGGAGGGGAAUUGGCCUCUUUUAUGUGCUAUAGAACCCAGCAAGGGAAAAAGAAACAAAGCAGUAUUAUUAAAGAAGUGUAGACAGAAGGUGAGCAAUGGAGGUUCAUGUAGUUUAAUCUUCUGCCAAAACGUUGAAUGUCUUGUUCCUGUUCAAAUCAUCCUUUUGAAAUUUUGAAUCCACAUAAUUGAAAUGCUUAAUUCAUUUUUAUUUUGUUGCAACUAAAUGUAGUACGACAUCAAUUAAUGAGUUUGAUAUAGUCUUGAAACUUGCAUCCGUUUUAUGGUUGUGCCAUGAUCACCAUCAUGUUUGUCAAUCUAGAUUUGAAAAUAUUCCUUUACAAUUAA